AGAUGGAGAUGGGUGGACACGCCCUGAGGCCUGAGGGUGGGGAAACCGCCAGAGGUGCUCGGAGCAGACCAGCAGAGGAUUCUAGGGUUUCCCCUCCGAUCAAGUCUCCACGACUCCGUAGCCGGCGUCCCCGAUGGGAGACGACGACGUCCACUGGGAAAUCUUCGCCCGCCUCCCCCCGCAGCCUUCCUUCCUCCUCCGCGCAUCCCUCGUCUGCCAGCGCUGGCGCCGCCUCGCCACCGACCACGACUUCCUCCGCCGCCGAUGCCCCCCCAUCAUCGGCGUCUUCAUCCCCAACCACCACUCCAAGCCCCCCUCCUUCAAGUGCCUUGACCCGCCGGAAUCCAUCCCGCCCGAGCACUUCGCCCUGCGGUACGAGAACGACGAACCCGGCUACGAAGACGACGACAUCUGGUACUUCCGUGGCUGCCGCCACGGCCGCCUGCUCCUCCUCGUCUGCAGCAGGGCCGACCCCAGCUACCGCCAGGUCCUUGUCUGGGACCCCGUGAUAGAAGAAGAGCGGUUCCUAUAUCUGCCGCCGCACUUCGAGUUCGAUAACUACGGCCAUUUCGACAACCGAUUGUCUCCGUCCGUGCAAGGAGCGGUGCUCUGUGCUGCAGCCGACAAGGGCCACGUGCACGGAGACUGCCACUCCAGCCCCUUCAAGGUUGUCCUGGUGGUCGCCGACGAUGAUGGCGCGCGAGCCUUGGCCUGCGUCUACUCGUCAGAGACGGACGCAUGGGGCGAUCUCAUCACCACGCCAGUUCCGUUCAAGCGCAUGUUUUCAAUUGGCUCUCGGACCAUCAUGGUCGGGAAUUCCGUCUACUGGUUCCUUUUCGGCACCCAGGUUCGCAUCCUUGAGUUUGAUGUGGAUACAGAGAAACUUUCUGUGAUAGAGGUGCCAUCGCGUGCCUAUGCCAACCAUCGUGGCCUCUACCUUAGCACGCUGGCAGAGGGCGGUGCCGGUGGCCUUGGCUUCAUCGUCUUUUCAAACCUCACCUUCACAGCUCAAUUAUGGGUCAGGAAGACUGAUGCUGUUGGUGCUGCUGAGUGGAUUCUGGGAAAAACAAUUGAUCUGGACAAGCUUUUUUCACCGAUACCAGGGCUGUCUACACAUCCCCACAUGGAAAUUGGGUUCAAUGGCGAUGAUAAUGUGAUGUUUGUGUCAGCUGGUAGCAGUGUCUUCAUGGUCCAUCUCAGCUCUAUGCAGUUUAAGAAAAUCUUUGAAAGCAACUCUUCCACUGACUGUAUGGUUCGCUAUAUGUAUCCAUUCAAGAGUUCCUAUCCUGCAGUUGCAAACAAAGAAACAGUACCAGCAGCACAGUCGCAAGGGUCAGACAUAUCAAUGGAAUAAGGAGGCACAGCAGAGCAGUAUCCUGGCCAUAGACGAGCCCAUGAAGCAGUAUCAGAGCUGGCUUCUGCAUGUGAAAACAGAGUUGGAUUCUAGUCUGCCUGGGAGUUGGUAAUCAAUAGAGCCAUAGAGGUAGAAGUCGGUCAGCAGAGUGCAGCCAGUUAGGUGUCUUUAAAUUUAGAGGGUAUCUAUUUGGACACUCAGUUAGUUUGUAUUAGGAAAGGUUCGGGUUAGUAUAGUCUAUAGGAGUGGCAUGCAAAUUUUGAGAUUAAUCAAUGCAUGAAUAUGCAUACUUCUCAAGACUGAAUUCCAGCUCUGGUUUCUAGAUUUAAUUUUCAUCCCGACUGGAUCCUUUCUUCACCUAAUCCUGUUCUUAUUCAACUUGUCCCUGUCCAAUCUUUACCAGACUGAUAUUAUCCCAUAUUCUGAGUAUUCGUAUAUAGCUUGCCAUGGUACAAAUCUUUCCAUUA